UGACAGGUCACACAGCAGAGCGGCCCUUUCAUGUGAGACCCGCUGCACAUUUCUCAGGGUUUGUGGUUAAGCCUACAUCACUGAUGGCGUCUAACACAGCCUGUACCAUACAGAGGUGACCUUUCCAGUCAGACGAAAAAAUUACCACAGCGUCCAGUCGGUCACAGGGAGUUUUGCUGGGACUAUACAUGGUCUGACAACUAAUAAUCUAACAGAAGCAUUGAUCCGGAGAAGCAAACGAAUGAUUUUAGACACCCUCGGAGUCGGGUUGAUUGGUACUACAACAGAAGUCUUUCAAAAGGCAUUGCAGUACAGCAAAAUUUACAGCACUGACAUCUCAAGCACGGUCUGGGGCCAGUCUGACCUCUGUCUUCCUCCACUCUACGCCUCCUUUGUCAAUGGCGUUGCUGUUCACUCAAUGGACUUUGAUGACACCUGGCACCCUGCCACACAUCCAUCUGGGGCUAUCCUGCCUUCUUUGAUUGCACUUUCAGAAACUUUACCUUCACAUCGCAAGAAAUCUGGACUAGAUUUUCUUUUGGCAUUUAACGUUGGCGUAGAGGUACAGGGAAGACUAAUGCAUUUUUCUAAUGAAGCCAGGAAUAUUCCAAGAAGGUUUCACCCUCCUGCUGUAGUUGGUACAAUGGGGAGUGCUGCAGCUUCUUCUAAAUUUUUAGGCCUGGAUCAGAUUCAGUGCAGAGAAGCCUUAGCUAUUGCUGCAUCAUAUUCUGGAGCUCCUAUGGCCAAUGCAGGAACACAGACUAAGCCCCUCCACAUAGGCAAUGCAUGCAGACAUGGCCUGGAAGCUGCUUGCUUUGCAUUUUUAGGUCUUGAAGGGAAUAAGCGGAUCCUGGAUUUAGAGUCUGGUUUUGGUGCUUUCUACUCUGACUAUAACCCACAAGCCCUGCCAUCCCUGGAAUCAUACAGUUGGCUGCUAGAGAAACAAGAUGUGGCUAUUAAACGGUUCCCAGCUCAUCUUGGGAUGCACUGGGUUGCAGACGCAGCAUGUGCAGUACGGAAACACAUUACUGGGGAUAAUCAAUUAUUGCCUAUUGAUGAUAUUCAAAAUAUUGUUCUCAAAAUCCCAGAUGCUAAGUAUGUGAGUCGUCCUUUACCAAGUACUGAACAUGAAGCUCGACAUUCCUUCCAGUUCAAUGCCUGCACAGCCUUAUUAGAUGGACUUGUGUCCAUCCAGUCUUUCAGUGCUCAGAACAUUUCCAGGCCAGAACUACAGAAGAUGCUUAGUAAAACAGACGUUCUUCACCCGUCUGAUAAUCAACCAAAUUUUGAGAAACUGUAUUGUGAGGUGAGUGUUACAAUGACAAAUGGAGCCACCUAUUCAGAGAGGUGCAACACAUUCUAUGGUCAUUGGAGAAAGCCACUGAGCAAAGAAGACCUUGAAAAGAAAUUCCGGUCUAAUGCAUUGACUGUGCUUUCUGAAGAUGGAGUGGAAGGCAUUGUGGAGAUGGUGAACAUGCUGGAAGAUCUAUCAGACUGCUCAGUUCUUUGCUCAUUUUUAAAACAAAGAGGUCAAGUUUCUAGCAAGCAAGAGAGAUCAGUCUAA